UUUCAGUCGGGGCACACUAGUCAGUUCCGAUGUCUCUGGAGACGCCCAUAACGACGGGCGAUCACUGGUGCCUAAAAGGACUGUCAGUCGUUAUCACAACCUUGCCUCGCUUUCGCAAAGACUCACCCUCACUUGCACGACCAACAGCGGAGACACCUUUCCAUUCGGCCUGGAUUAUCAUGGCUACAGAUCUGAAAGACCUCGCAACGCCAGCGAAAUGUACCGCAGACUUCUGUCUCAUUCCUUUAGGGACACCGACAGCUUCCGUAUCAGCACAGAUAGCCGAUGUUCAGCGAUUGAUGAAGAAAAGUGGGUUGAAAUAUUCCAUGCAUUCAGCAGGGACUACUGUUGAGGGAUCGUGGGAUGACGUGACUCGUCUGAUUGGCCAAGCUCAUACUAUCUUACACGAGAAGGGCAUUGUGCGGAUUCAGACCGAUAUUCGCAUUGGUAGUCGAACGGACAAGGCUCAAACUAUGGAAGACAAGGUCGCAGCUGUGGAGAAGUUGCUCUCGACUGAUACAUGAGCUGCCAACGGGCCGGGGCAAGGUGUUCCGGGCCACGAUAGGUACUGGGCUUGGUAAGGCUGGACUGUGAUCGGAGUAUGGAGGACGAUGACUCUGUUCAUCAUGUACCAUUUCCUUCAUUGAAUUGCUGUACUGCACAAGACGGGCCUGUGACAGAAUAAAUGGCACGGUUAAGAUGGAGCUGCCGUUUCACAGGCUGAAGAUAAAGGACAUAUUCCCUUCCGCGGCUUGAGGCAUGUCCAUAUCCUGUGAUAGACCAGCCUUGUGCCGGCCGCAAAACGGCUCGAUAUCACCCUGUGGCGGAUGUUCUCAACGGUUAUCAUGUUCAACCUUUCUGUCUAGUAGGCCAGGGAAUAUCGCUGCAUCUCAUUCUCUUAAGGAUCGAAAGAGGAACAAUUCUAG